CUUCCCCAUCUUUUCUACCCUCGGGUUCCGAGCUGGACGGAUCUGGCAAUGGCGGUCAUCAGGGAGCUGCUCUGCUCUUGCCGUCUAAUCUCACGGAUCACGAUGCAUGUAUACUGUAUGCAUGCAUGCAUGCCUUGACGUUUCAUGUUGUCCCGACUCCCUUUCUGCAGCGGGAUAUGCAGUCAACCCCUCGUGUCGUCCUCCAGAGUCUGCAGGUUUACGACGCACUACACUGCAUACUAACGUUACUAUUCCUCGUACGCCGGCAUCGUGGUCCCGGGCAGAUCGACAUCUGCUGCUGCUGUACUGCGCUGGGCAUCCUGGCCGGGAACCCACACGCACCGGCUCCCCUCCGUCUCUCCAUACGAGGACGAACCGUGCUCGACCCCAAUUUGCGGCCCAGCUUCUUCUUCUAUCUCUCUCUCGCCCCGGUCUAGUAGUCUGGACCUCUUCUGGACCUCCCUCGAUGGAGCUGCGGCUGUGCCCCGAGCUCGACCUAACGCGCCUUCUCCCUAGUCCACUCGCCGGGCCCGACAGGGAGACCACCCACGAUGGCCUCAGGGGUGCGCCAUGAGCUACUGCAUGCGCGUAGAUUACUCGUUUAGCCUCCAUUCGGACAUGGUGCUCGCUCAUGGACCGAAUACGGUGCGGUCGCCCACCCCCGCAACCACGGAGUGAGUGAACAGGCCAAGGCCCGCCGUCUAUGUGCGCGAGCAACACCAUGGCCCGCCGGCUCUAUAUAAGAGAAGCUGAUCCGCUUACAGGGCUUGGCCGAUCUGCUCGUCCAUCAACUUCUCUAACCUUGCCGUUUGUUUUGGCAACAGUCACUCGCUUGCUUCAAAAGCAUCAGUCGCUCUUUAGCACUUUGUUUCGUAAUCGCUCUUGUUCGCAACCUAUACCUUCUAGUACCUCACCGUACUCGGAACAUCAAAAUGCGCUUCACUGUCGCCUUUGCCAGCCUCCUGGCCAGCACGGCCACGGCCAACGCCGUCGUGAGCCGCACUAUCCCUGCCAUCGUUGGCGCCGACGUCGACGUCGAGGUCAAUGCCGCCGUUGAUAUCGAAGCCAAGGUCGAUGCCCUUGUCAAGGUCGGUGCCGAUGUCGACGUCAAGGUCAGGGCGGCUCUUGAUGGCGCGGCCGGCUUCAAGUGCCCAGGCGACAUGUCAUACUGCCCCUGGGCCAAGUCUUGCUCGUGCAAGCCCGGCCUGCAUCUCGACGUCGGCUCCAAGAAGUGCGUUGGCAAGGCCAUUGUCGGCGCCUGGCCCGAGCCCAAGAUCGACGUCUUUGCCUCCAAGGGCGUCAAGCUCGCUACCUUCUGCGCCAUCUCCCCCUACAAGAUUGUCAAGUACGACGCCCACCACGAGUACUGCCAGGCUGGCCCCAACACCAUUGCCUUUGUCGCCUCCGCCAGCAUCCUCCUCGAGAUUGAGGCCUAUGCCCACGCCGCCAUUGAUGUCACCGCCAACGUUUCCGCCGACCUCAAGGCCACCUGCGCCGGCCUGGCCAGUCUGUACGUCGGCACCGUUGUUGAGGCCGUCGCGCUCUUCAACACCGACGUCUUCGCCCUCGCUGCCGCCAAGGCCGACAUCGACGCCAGGCUCGUCGUCGGCUUGUUCGCCAAGGUCCGGGGCCUGCUCUGCGGCCUCGGCCUGGGCAAGUGCAAGGUUGACUGCGUCUCCUACUGCACCAAGGGCUGCAAGAACUUCAUUGACAUCGGCCUCGACGUCGAUGUGCACAUUGGUGCUCAGCUCGAGGCCCUCGUCGGCCUGUGCAUCCUCCCCAACGUCCUGCUCAUUUGCGGCAAGGCUCAAGCCAUCAUUACUGUCGCUGUCGAUGGCCUGCUGUGCCUGGUCGGCGGCCUCAUCAAGCUCAUCCUCUCCACGUACAACUGCCACUGCCACUAAGCGGUCGCUAGAGCGCACCAUUCAGAGGGCCCAGCUGCGGAGCCGGCCGUCAUUGACGUAGCCAUGUGCAGCUGGGUGUCUUUAUUUAUUACCAACGGUAUGACGGCCUGUUAGCGGACGGCGCGGAUGGGACUGGAGAUUCGAUCAGGGAGGCCAGCGUUUGCUUUCUGCGGACGCCGACGGGAACGGGAGUCGGAGAUGCCACGCCAGCCAUGCCGCCCACGAUGUACAUAGUUGCUCUUCUUUGUGCAUGUGCUCGCGCGUCUCCGAGCCAUUCUGCGCACUUCGGGUGGGCGGAUUGGAGUGCGGCACGCCCACGCAUCUACGAAAAUGUAAUUGAAUCUGACCCAUUAAUGGCGGCACGCAAUCUUCUUUCCCCUGACCGUGUGUAGUCCUGUUUCUAGGCGAUACGAACAAUAGGAUGUGCGAACAAUAAAC